UGGGCGGUCGCCUCAGUGACACGUAGGGCUGCAGGGCGGUGUUAGGUACCCGAGGCCCUGGGCGGGAGAAGUCACUUCCUCCCAGAGAUCUUGUAUCCUAGCAACCGCCCCCCCACCUCCGUUCUUCGUCUCGCCUCCGAGCUUCCUAAGAAGUCAGGUCUCUGAAAGCAGCCAGGGGCAGGCCGGGUAGAGGGGCCAGCCGCUGGGUUCUCAGAUUGCGGGCUGCCCUCCGCAGGAAUGCCAGCCAUCAUCAGAGGUUGAAUUAUUCCUAUCAUUGGUUAGCCAUUUUAUAAAGGUCGAGAAUUAAAACACACUAUGUCUGAUGAAGUUUUUAGCACAACUUUGGCAUAUACAAAGAGUCCAAAAGUCACCAAAAGAACUACUUUCCAGGAUGAGCUAAUAAAAGCAAUUACAGCUCGCUCAGCCAGACAAAGAAGUUCUGAAUACUCAGAUGACUUUGACAGUGAUGAGAUUGGUGAUUUUUCUGACACCUCAGUAGAUGAAAAUUCAGUUAAUAAAAAAAUGAAUAAUUUUCACAUAUCAGAUGAUGAAGAAAACAAUUCUCCAAAACUGUCUUUUUUGAAAACGAAGAAAUCAAGCAAUGAUGUGAGGAAACAUGAGCCAGUAGUCUCUAUCAAAAACAAUGACAUUGCACUUGAUAAUGGUGAAGGCAUGGUUGUAAAUCCCUUACCUGAAUCUCAAAGUAAACAACAGGAAGUUGAAAAAGAGAAAAUUAAAAUGGAAACUAAACCUAGAAUUCUUCCAAUCAAAAGUACAUCUUCAGAAAAUAACAGCAGCCUUGAAGCAGACAGCCAAUUUAAGCCUUCACCUCGACCAAGGAGCAUGUUGAAAAAGCACAGCCAUGGGGAGAAGAAAGAUAGCCUAGGAAACAAUAAAGAAACUCUCCCAUACGAAGAUUUAGAGGGACAUUCCACACCUUCGUUCCUCCCAAGGCUGAGUGGCAGACAACCAGAAGCUGAGAGGAAUGCAUUCUCUGAAAACCUUGAUCCUGAGGAUCCAUGGUUAACAAGUAUACCAUCAUCAUCUGUUAAAGAAAAUGUUAAAGAUUCCUUUUCACUAGGAUCUGAAGAAAAAGCCUCCAUUACAGUAGAUCAGAAUGAAGAAUGCACUGAAAGCCAUAAUUCCUUGAAAUCAACCGAAAAUGAAAAGAACUCCUUUUUGAUAGACUUUGUUACUACUGCACUUGAGAAACCCAAGGAAAGUCAAGUGACUACUGUUGGUGACGUUGAAGAAGAAAAGGAGAAAGCUGAACUGAUUAUGAAUGGUGACUUAACAGCUGAAGAUGCACCACCGCUACAACUUCAGAGUAUCUUAGGUACUGAGUCUUCACAGAAAGCAAUUCAAGAUAGAAAUAUGAAGAAUAAAAAAUCAACAAAUAAUAGAGCAUCCAGUGCAUCUGGCAGAUUAAUGACCUCUGAGUUCUUAAAGAAGCCUAGUUCUCUAAGGAGGAUUCCGUCGACAGCUCCAGCUUCUCACUAUUUAGGGACUUUGAGAGUCUUGGACCAAAAGCCCUCACAGAAACAGAACACAGAACCUGACAGAGCAGAUAACCUAAGGGCAACUGUUUAUCAGGAGUGGUUAGAAAAGAAAAAUAUUUAUUUACAUGAAAUGCACAGAAUUAAAAGAAUUGAAAGUGAAAACUUAAGGAUUCAAAAUGAACAGAAAAGAGCUGCUAAGAGAGAAGAAGCCUUAGCAUCAUUUGAGGCCUGGAAAGCCAUGAAAGAAAAGGAAGCAAAGAAAAUAGCUGCAAAAAAAAGGCUUGAGGAAAAAAACAAGAAGAAAACUGAAGAAGAAAAUGCUAUGAGGAAAGGAGAAGCACUGCAAGCUUUUGAAAAAUGGAAAGCAAAAAAGAUGGAAUACCUUAAGGAGAAAAAUAAAAAAGAGAAAGAAUAUGAAAGAGCAAAGAAACAGAAAGAGGAGGAAACUGUUGCUGAGAAAAGAAAAGAUAACUUAACUGCUGUUGAAAAAUGGAAUGAAAAAAAGGAAGUUUUUUUCAAGGAAAAGGAAAAAGUAAAAAUACAUGAGAAAAGAAAAGAAGAACUGAAAAGAGCUGAGAAAAAAGAAAAAGAUAAACAAGCUCUCGAGGAAUAUGAAAAAUGGCUGCCUACCAGGCUCCUCUGUCCAUGGGAUUCUCCAGGCAAGGAUGCUGGAAUGGGUUGCCAUGCCCUCCUCCACGGGAUCUUCAUGACUCAGGGAUCGAACCCAUGUCGCUUUCAUCUCAUGCAUUGUCAGGCAGGUUCUUUACCACUAGUGCCACCCUGGGAAGCCUGAUUGAAUAGUUUAUAUUAGUCAAAAAGUGCAAAAUUUCUCCACAGGGAUUAGGGUCCAAUAGGGUUUCUGAUUAAAAAAUUCAUGUAUUUUGUAUAUCAGCAAGUUAAAAGUAUGUCAUUCAGACAUUUUUUUUUUUUUGCAUCAUUGCAUAUUUUUUAAAUUUUUGCAUUUUUGUAUUCUCUGGUUAGGAUUGAGGUUGAGCAUUUUUCAUUUGUAUAAGUAUUAAUUGUAUUUAUUUUUCCUAUAAAGAGUCCAUUUUACACUGAACAUAAACUGAACAUUUCUUCGUUGGUCUUUUUCUUAUUGAUUUCUAGAAGCUUUUAUAUGUACUAGGGAAAUUAGCCUAUCAUAUCUGAUAUGAGUUACAAAAUUUUUUUUCCCAUUGCAUUGUAUUGUCAACUUUGCUCAUAUUAUUUACUGAAGAAUUUUAUUUUAUUUUCAGGUAUCAAAUCUAUUAGUCUUUUUCUAUGGCUUCUCAAUUUUAGGAAUAGUUGAAAGGACCUUCUCCAAAAUCUGAAGUCAAAGCUCCCAUUUUUCUUCUAAUAACAUUAUGAUUUUAAUAUCUUAAAAUUUUAACAUUUGCUCUACUUAGAACUUGUCUUGGUGUAUGAUGGAAAAUAUGAUUCCAUCUUUAUUUUUUCCAAAUGCAUCUUUCAUGAAACAACACUGAUUUGAGAUACAUUAGAUCAUUCCCAUAUUUUUGGGUCUGUUUCUUGACUUCCUGUUUCAUUGGUCAGUCUCACUAGAAAUAUUCCAGUGCUAUACUCUUCCCCUUAUCAGAACUUUAUAUAUUUUCAUAUGUUUGUAUUAAUCUCCCUUCAUAACUUCAUUCAAAGUAUUUCUGAAUAUUCUAGGUUUCUUCACAUAAAGUUUAGAAUCAGUAACUAGAGAAGCACACAGGACCCAAAGCAGGCUAUUUAAAGUUAGGAUAAAAGAUGAAAUACCUAGGAAUAAACUUAGGAAAUGCACAAGACCAGUAUGAAGAAAACUUUAGAAUACUCCUGAAAUACACAAAUGAAUAUUUGAGAAAUUAGAACAAAACUACCCUCGGAUAGAAAUGGUAUUAUAAUGAUAUUAUAAAGAUGUCAAUUUUUCCCUGAAGUAAUUUGCAAAUUUAAUGUAAUCCUAAUAAAAAUACCAACAGAAUUUAUUCUCAUGUAUGUGUUGACUAAUACUGCUAUAAUGCUAAAUCUGUGCAGAGAAAUAGUAAUAAAAUAAGGCAAUCAAAAUGGUUUCAGUGGUUUGAAUGAGAAUAGUAAUGUUCUAUGAUGACUUUCUUAGACUGAACUUUUAAUGCUUUAUUAUUUAAGCUUUGUACUGAGAAAAA